GUCAUAUUGUGACAAUUCCAGAUACUUUAUUAUUUUUCUACUUAUAAACAAUACAAUUUAAAAAUUACAUAAAAGAUAUCAUAUUAUUUACUACACUGUUAAUCCGUUCUUUAUCUAACUUAAUCUUCAAAAACCAUUUUACGACCUUUGUAAUCAUUUGCAAAUCAUAAUAUAACCUAAAGCAUUAAGUGACAUUAUUUUGUUAUAGAAAAUCAGUUUUAUAUUGCACGUUUGUUUUGUAUCAUUCGCUAAGAUCCUAAGAUCGAGUCGUGUUGUGUCAAGGUUAGCAUAAAAAGAAACAUGGGUAAUAAAUCAUCGUUAUUAUUAAGAGAGGAGGAAAUUGCGCAAAUCCAGGAAGAAACCGGAUUUACUCCAAACCAAAUUGAGCGUUUAUACUCACGGUUCACAUCAUUAGACAAAAAUGAUUGUGGCACUCUCUCCAGGGAUGACUUUCUAAGGAUUCCAGAGCUAGCCAUAAACCCUCUAAGUGAGAGGAUUGUCCAUUCAUUCUUUGCCGAGAGCCAUGAUGACAGAGUGAACUUCCUACAGUUCAUGAGAGUGUUGUCACAUUUUAGACCAAUCAGGAAAAAUAGGGAGAAUAAAUUGAAUAGCAGGGAAGAGAAACUGAGAUUUGCAUUUUCCAUGUAUGACCUGGACAAUGAUGGAAAAAUAUCUAGGGAUGAACUAUUGGCUAUUCUCCAUAUGAUGGUUGGUGCAAACAUAAGUGAAGAGCAACUUACAAGCAUUGCUGAGCGCACCAUAUUAGAAGCCGACACCAACAAUGACCAAAUGAUAUGUUUCGAGGAGUUCUGCCAUGCUCUCGAGAGGACAGACGUCGAACAGAAGAUGUCAAUACGUUUUCUUAAUUGACCUCCAAACUCCUGAACCAUAUACAUCAAGUAUAUUUUGACCAUAGUACUGGUGGUGCUUAUCUAUGGGCUUCUUACAAAAAAAUAACCACAAUGCUCUAUGACAUUAAAAUUUUAAGUAUACGUCAGAGAUAGUUUUUUUCGUUCUUUGUUAAUUGUUUUAGUACUGUAAUCGGAACAGGGAUGUUUUUAAUUUUAACGUUAAUCAAUAAAAUUGUAGUCUUUUUGUUGACAUGUGAUUACUCAUAGGGGCCGUCUGUAAAUUACGUCACAACUUUUAUUUUAUUUGUUUCUCUGUUGUGUUUAAUUUCUUUUUUUUUUAUGAUGUUAUUAACUCCUUCAGCCGCGAUUUGAUACGGCAAAUGUUUAUGUCACAACUUAUUUAGGCAGACAAAGUGUGACAAGUUAUCCUAGAUUUCGUGACUUAAAUGUUUAUAUUUUUUUGAGGGAAGGAGGGUAUCCUGAGUAUCACACAUGUGACUAGCUGUGACAAGUUCGGGCGGCGUUAAAAAAAAACGUUGGGACGCAUAAUUCAUGGAUGGCCCUGU